AUGGACGACGCAACCUGUCCAUUCUGUCCGUUCUCCGACCCUGAUAGCAACUUCGUUGCGGAGCACAUCGAGUAUUGUCAUCCCGAACACGAUACCCGGCCCGAACUUGGCCCGAGUCACGUAGCCACGGACUCCCCCACCUCGGAGCCUGAUCAAGAGGAGCCUCUGCCGAAAUAUAUUGACUGUCCUCAUGGUUGCGGUGAGAUAGUGGAACAAACCGAGCUUUCGACACAUCUUGACCUGCACAUUGCCGAGACUGUUGCUUUUGAAGAUGGACCUACCCCUCAAGCACCGCUACCGGAUCCAGCGUCCGACGCAGGAUAUAUAUCCGACUUUGACGAACAUAGAAUGAUGAAAGAUCUGAAUAAGUCUUCCACCGGCCAGCGAUUCCUGAAAGAAGACAUGGCUCGGGCGUUUUCAGCCAAUGGAAACAAAACCGCCAGUACAUCCUCGACCGCGGAAAACAUACAAACAACAUACAAAGGCGUCAAGCGUCUGGGACGCGCGGAACUGGGCCCCUACGCCCACGAGAAGAAAAUGCCCUCCUGGCUCCGGCGAAUGCUGGAAAAAGGAGCCAAUUCCUCCCUCACCAACAAGAUCGCUGCGGACGGGUCGCUCCAAAAACACGAAACCGUCGAAAACGAAGCAAAGGAUAUCAUCCCGGUUCUUGGUCGAUUAUGCGAGCACGACACAUCGGUUCAGCGCGCAUUUUUGUGCAGCCCUGAGGUCCGUCAGAUUUCCAAAAUACCCCGCGAAGGCGGGUUCUGCGGCUACAGGAACAUCCAAAUGCUCGUCUCAUACAUAAUAGCAUCCCGUAGUCCCGGGUAUGAAUGCUUUGGAGAGUCCUUGCCGACCAUCUUGCAGCUGCAGGACAUGAUAGAAAAUGCCUGGGACAAGGGAUAUAACAGCGUCGGGCGUCUCGAAACCGGCGGCAUUCGGGGCACCAGGAAGUACAUUGGGACGCCAGAAGCACAAGCGUUGUUUAUGAGUCUCGGCAUACGAUGUGAAGCGAGUAGCAUUGCGAAAACAGGUGAAACGCAAGCCCACGAUGCCUUAUUUGCAAAUAUAGCGAACUACUUCCGACAAGCAUGUUCGACGGAUCAAGAGAAAAAAGUUCUCAUGACCAAUCUCCCGCCUAUUUAUCUACAGCAUCAAGGUUUGAGCUCCUCUGGCCUCGCCCCCCUCAACAUGCCACCCCCAGCGUCUAAGCUAGAAUUCAUCAUUACAGGACACUCUCUGGCCAUCGUCGGGUUUGAAAUACGCGACAAUGGCAGUGCAAACCUCUUGGUCUUUGACCCGAUGUUCAAGCCACCGCGUGCGAUUGACCGCCUGAAAGGGACGCGCACAGUUCCUCCAGACCCUUCUCGGAUUUUGAAAGGUUACCGUCGAGGCUCAGCCUACUUUCAGAAGUACAAACUAUUCGAAAUUUUGAAACUUUCGGUGCCUGCAGAGAUCCUUGAGAGACAAUCCAGGACUUAA